AUGAAUUGGCGGCUUCUGGUGUUCGGCUUCCUCUUCGGCCUCCAAUGUGUGAGUUUAUAGACUGUGUUAGUCACUAGACUUAUUACAAAUUAAUUUUUAUGUAAUCAGUUUGUCGGUAAAAUAGUGAGCGCUCUGUCGCAUCGAAAACCGCGUCGUCUCCGCAAAAAUGAAUUAUGGCAAAACCAAUUGCGUUUCCCUUCAGCGACGCGUUUGGCGCAGCGGCAUUGCGCUCACUAUUUUCACGACAGACUGAUAUAUUUUCAUUAUUCAUAAUAUUUUUUGCUACAGUAAACUUUAGCAUCCUUUAAGCAAAAAUUUUAGACAAAUGCUUUCCAUGGCCAUCAUCGAAUCAGAAAACAGCACAAAAGUAGUCUGAAGGAAAUGGAAGAGCAUUUAGAAGAGGAGGAAGAAGAGGAUGAGGAAGAUGACGACGAGGCCUACACAGUCGAGGGACUCUCCACUUCCACGCAUUUCAGCAAGGAUCGGAUCUUUGAACAAGGGUUAGAUCUUCCCUAUUUCAGUCCUAUAUUUUAACAUUUCAGAGAGACCAGGGAUUUUCUCCACUUCCUUCGGCGAAUAAAAUACGAUCAUAGCCAGCUUCCACCUGGAGAGACCGUCCAUGGUACGUGUAUAUGACAUAAAGAUACUAUUUAUUACUUUAAGAUCCUGUCAAAGUGUUCGUAUCAGUCGUUGUGAGCAAUAUUCGCGCAGUGUCCGAAGUUACCAUGGUAAGAAAGAAAACGUUUUCAUGAUUUAUAUCCGCCCUCUGAGGGAAUAUGUGCCCUUGAGAGGCGCAAAUACCGUCAUGGAUGUUACAUUCCCACAAAAAUGUAUAAAUCUUGUAACAUUUUGAAGGAUUACAAUCUGGAGAUGUUCUAUCGGGAGUUCUGGACAGACCCGCGUCUCAAUUACGACCGAUCCAAAUUCCAUAACAAAUCGGAGCUCGCCUUACAUGAGAGUUAUGCCAACUUUUUAUGGCAUCCCGACACUUUUAUUCCGAAUGCUCUGGCCUCCAAGAACCCUCGGAAACAAUCAAUUUCGCAUCGAUCGUUGCUUCGAUUGCAAGCAGAUGGCCAAGUUUUGUACAGUCGAAGAAUUUCAGUCCUGGCUGAGUGCUCUAUGGAUCUGAGUUUAGUACGUAAAAAAUCUGCAACUUAAGCUGAGCUAGCUUCAAAUCCAAUGAUUAAUAUUCAUGUUUGCAGUUCCCGUUCGAUCAGCAAAUUUGCAAACUGGGCAUUGAGAGUUACGGUUACACCGCAGAUCAGGUCACUUAUCUCUGGUCUCAUAGCCAUCGAAAGGCCUUACAAUUAAAUCAAAUUAGACUACCCGACUUUAAGAUCAAAGAGGCGUUUGUUACACAAAUGGUGGAGAGUUAUGCAACAGGUAGCGUGCCCCUAAAAUAACAUCAUUUUUUUUAUGAAUUGCAGGGAAUUACAGCCGUUUAUACAUCUGUUUCGUGUUCAAUCGAUCUGCUGGCUUCUGUUUUCUCCAGCUGAUUAUCCCCUCAACGGCUGUCGUUAUAACGUCAUGGGUGUCCUUGUGGAUGGAGAACGAAAGUUCUUUCCAAGAUAUGAUAUCCAUCAUACUUACCAUUACUUUUUUGUUAUUUUCUUACAACGAAGUCAUGCCGCGGGUCAGCUAUUUGAAGGUGGGUAAAGAAUAGGUGUUAUAGCAACCUUAUUUAGGCAUUGGACAUCUGGUUAGCCGUAUGUUUCAUGAUAGUCUUCCUUUCCCUUAUCAAGUUGGCCAUCAUCAAAUAUAUGAAACAAAGGCUGAAGAUUGCACAGUAAGCAGCUUAAGAUAAAGAUAAAAAUUUUUUAAUUAUUCGUAAACAAUUUGGCUUACAGAGACACUUCAUUAGCAGCGGGGAUGAUACCCUUACUUCAAAUGAGCCAAAUUACCAAUAGUUGUCAUAGCACCAUCAACAACAACAACAAUGAUGCUUCUAACAGCAACAUAGUCAUGACUUCGCCACCAUCUUCGCCAAUUCGAGCCACACACUGUCCGUAAGUCUUGUUUAGCCGAUAUAACUAAAAUUUUAAAGCAGCAGUACUAGUAAUAUAAACUAAAAAUUCCAGAUAUUCCCCUCCAACUCAGAUGGCCAUAGGCGUUGAUCGGCGAAUGGAAACAGAGAAAAGACGUUUCAAUGGAGACAUAUAUUUGGACAUAGAUGGAAGUCCGGAGAUACGAUCUACCAGACGUCGAAAGAGGAAGGGGUUUGUGGAGUUCUGUGAGAGUUUUGGCCAUAUCAACUUCUCGGCCCAAACGAUGCGUCGAUUCCAUUGGAUAACCCAGAUGCUGUUCUUCUUCGGAUUCGUUCUCUUCUGCUUGUUCUUUUUCCUUGUUUAUCCGUCUUUGUCUUCUUGGGCUCCCAUCAGGGAUCCUUGUUGUAUUCGGGAAAAUGCCGAGUGGUUCGCAAAUCUUUAA